GGGUAAUUUGAUUCCACCUUCAGUUUGUGUUGUGUUACCCGGCGCCUUCUCCGUGGUAAUCACAGCUUUUUAUUAUGAUUUAUAUUUAGCGUUGCAUUGGCCUGGAAUCUGAGAUUUAUACCUCAACUUUCCACUAGCGCUCUGCAAAAAAAUAAGUCAAGAACAAAACUUAUGAAAUUUGUGAAGAUUCCCUUUAAGUUCCCACUAUACAUGCCAUACAUGGACUGCUUUUCUUUUGGCACUGUUGGGCUGCUUCACUGCUUUACUGCUUUACUGCUUCAGUUCAGAGAGCAGCUCGGGCCCCCUUCGUUUUCUCCCAUUCUACAGCAUUCUACUCCCCCAUCUACUCUUCUAUUUUUGAACCGCCAGCUUGAUUGAUGAGCAAAUGAACAGAAAUGGGCACCUUCCACACCCAGUGGAUUGGUUGCUUGCUUCUUUCUUUUGGGACUGGGACUGGGACUGAGCCUUGUUGGCUAGUAAUAGUAGUACUGGAAACAGUGUAGAACAUCUCGCGCUCCAGUGGUGAUCGCUGAUUGGCUGCUGCGGCUGAC